AUGGUCUCACAUCGACCAUCACUUUAUCGUCAAUCUGCCGCUAGAGGAAAUGCGGCAUCAAAUUCUCAUAAAAAUGAAAUUGAAGACCACGUCAACCAUUGGCAACGUGUAUGGGUUUCACCUAUAAUUGUGGGCCAGCAGCAGCAGCAGCAACAACAACAACAACAACAACAACAUCAACAACAACAACAUCAACAACAACAAACCCAGCAACAACAGUCCCAACAACAACAAUCAUCUUCACAAACAGGUACACCAGCUCCUGGUGAUCACUCAAAUAAUACUCCAGCUGCUUCAAAUCAACAAAAUGAUGUCACAGAUUCUCAAAGCCCUCCUCACUGCUUAGUCAAGACUUGGGCUCAACUUGUUAAUCACGGAGAUUACGUGCCUGUAGAUGAUGGACCAGUUAAUGAUAUUUUAGACUUACAAGCUGCUGCUGCAAACAAAAUUCCAAAACGAAUUGCAGCUGUUGAUACUUCUGGAUCGCUCACUGAAGCUGACAUUCGCGGUGCUGUUGGUGGUGGUGAUGGAGGAACAAAUAUUGCUGGAUACUCGGUUGGCACAAGACCCGAAGAGAAGAAGAAACAGCCUGCUGCUUCACAAGAAACAAAGGAAACUCAACAGCAGGAAAGCUCUGCAGAACCUAAAGAAUCUGCUGAAUCUGUGGAAUCUGCAGAACCUAAAGAAUCAUUGGAACCUGUGGAACCUGUGGAACCUGCGGAACCUUCAAAACCUGAAGAGUCUGCAUCUGUAGAGCCUGAAAAAUCUGAAUCUGAAAAAUCUGAAACCCCCGAAAAGCCUACUGAUAAAGAAAAAACUACAGAGGUUGAAACCCCUACAGAUUCUGAAAAACCUAAAGAACCUGAAAACCCAACUGUGACUGAAAACCCUACUGAAACUGAAAAACCUACUGAUUCUGAAAAACCUACUGAACCUGAAACCGCUCCUGAAUCUGAAAAACUUACAGAGAGUGAAUCACUUGCCGAAACAGAGAUCCGCGACAAGGAUGGUGAUAUCGAAAUGACGGAGGCCGAGCCCGUCAAGGAUGCUCCGGCCCAGUAA